AUGGCCAACGAGUUUGAAGCUAGGAAAAUUGCCAUCGUAGGCUUCUCUUGCGCCCUCCCAUCCGGCCACUAUGCCAAGGAGGACCUCAGCUACAACAUGCUGUGGGAUUUCCUCAUGACGAAGAGCGAGUCCUAUGAAGAGAUCCCCCAGGACAGGUUCGACAUUAACCAGUGGUUCGGCAAGAAUGCCGGGCAAAUCAGCACUCGCAAGGGUAAUUUUUUGAAGAACCCUACGCAGUUUGAUCACAUCGAGUUUGGCAUUUCCUUGAAGGAUGCCACCGCUCUUUCUCCCAGUUCCCGCAAACUUAUAGAGCUUGCUUUCCUUGCUCUUCAGGAUGCGGGUAUCGACUACCGAGGCAAGCGCAUGGGUUGUUUCAUGUCGGGCAUCAAUUCUGGUCUCGUCGAUCGUGAUCCCUUCGAUGAACAAGGCAGCUUCGCCAAUGCUCCAGCCAUGCCUGCCAACCGUGUCUCUUACACUCUGGAUAUCAACGGUCCCUCGGUUGCGCUCGAUACCGCCUGCAGUUCUUCGAUGACGGGCACUCAUCUGGCUAUCCAGUCCCUGCUGGGCGGAGACUGUGACACUGCGCUUGUUGGUUCCUGCCAGUACGACCAUUGGCUCCAAGAUUGGGUUGGCUAUUCGGUCGGCGGUGUCUUGGCUCCCGAUGGAAAAUGCAAGCCUUUCGAUGCAGGUGGAGACGGCUUCUCUCGUUCUGAGGGCGCGGGCGUCUUUGUUCUGAAGCCCCUUGACAAGGCGCUGGCCGACGGUGACAAAAUCUACGCGACAAUUAUCGGGUCUGCCAUCAAUUCUACUGGCGGCGGCUCAGCCCCCAACCAGCCUGUCGGCUCGGCCCAACAGGAGGCCAUUAAGUUGGCCUAUCAGCGUGCUGGUAAGGAUCCUCGGACUGUAGACUUCGUUGAGCUCCAUGCGACGGGCACGGCGGUCGGCGAUCCUAUCGAAGCCAACGCAGUUGGAGAACUCUUCAACCGCCAGGAAGAACUUAUUGUCGGUAGUAUCAAGGGAAACAUGGGCCAUCUGGAAAACACUGCUUUCAUUGCAUCUCUCGCUAAGGUUUGCUUGAUAUUCGAGCACGGUAUCAUGCCUCCCCAGGCCAACCUGAAGAGCCUCAAUCCCGCGAUUCACUGGAAAAAGUACAACCUUAGGGUCCCCUUCGAAUCUAUUCCGCUGGACGUAAACCUCGGUUCCCGACCAAUCCUUACAUCCAUCUCCAGUUUUGGCAUUGGUGGUGCGAACGGCCAUGCCAUUCUGGAGUCCUUCGUUUCCGCCGCGGGUGACUACACUCCUACCGUCAAGAACGGACCAUACCUCAUCAUUGGCGGUGGCCUUACUCCCAAGUCGGCCGGCACAGUUGCCAGCGAUCUUGCUGCUAUGCUUGAGGAGCACCCCGAACAAGCCGCCGAGAUCUCCCGUAUUUCGAUUCGCCGUGCUCGUCAGCUCCUAUGGCGUACUGCUGCGGUAUAUGAAUCGGGCAAGCCCAUUAGUUUCCCAGAACCUACCUCUGUCCCUCGCGUCGUUCCCCCCAUUGUCUACGUCAUGUCCGGUCAAGGUCCUCAGCAUUUCGACAUGGGUCGUCAAUUGUAUGCCGAAAACCCGGUGUUCAGAGCUUCAAUCGAUGAGAUGGACGACAUCUACCGGAACUACGCGGGUGUAUCUCUCAUUGAGUCCACCGGUCUAUUCCGCACUCUCGAGAAGCCGGCACUCAAGCUUCCUGCCAUCUGGUCUAUUGCCUUGAUUCUCCCUUCGAUCGCCAUGUUCCAAAUGGCCAUGGUGGACAUGCUCACGUCUGUCGGCGUCCAUCCCACCGCAGUCGUCGGCCACUCAGCGGGCGAGACAGCUCUCAUGUAUGCAUCUGGAGCCUCCCCGAAAAAGCUGGCUUUGGAGGUCUCUAUCGCCCGUGGCCGUGCCAUGGCUCUGCUCGAGGCUCACAAGGGCACAAUGGCUGCCAUGGCUUGCAAUCGCCAACAGGCGGAGGCGCUCAUGUCCACGCCGGAACUCGGCAAGGACAUCAUCGAUAUCGCAUGCCACAACGCUCCCGAUGCAGUCGCACUUUCUGGGCCUGCGGACAUCAUCGACAACAUAAUGAAGGCUGCUGCUGAGAAGAAUAUCUGGGCGCGUCGCCUCCAGACCAACUGCCCUGUACACGGUACCAUGAUGGACAUCUGCAAGACAGAAUACCAAAAAUCUGUCGGACACGUCUUCCGCAACAAUCCCCCAGUUACCGAACCGACGAUCCAGACGUUCUCCACACUUUCCGGCGGGAUUCUCGACCAAUCACUGUCUGCUGAAUAUUUCUGGAAGAACGCUCGCAACACUGUGUUGUUCACCGAGGCAAUGACUGCCAUUCGCAUGUCACAUCCUAAUGCCAUCUACGUCGAGCUUGCACCUCAUCCUGUUCUUUCGUCGUACAUCACCGCCAUAGUCGGCCAGCCUGCACCAGUCACCUGUCCUGCUAAGCGGGCUCGCAAGGGAGAGACCACUAAGGAGAUGGCGACUUUCCUGACCAGUGUCGGGGAGCUCUGCCUUAAAGGCUACAAUUCGGUUGAUGUGAAGACCGUGCCUCGUAUCCAGGCUAAUGGUCUCAUCCUACCAGCGUAUCCCUUCGCGCAGAGGACUGUACCUUGGCAUUCUGAAUCUGAUCUUGGCCGAUCUCGCUUCCGCGUUCGGAAUGGGCCGCUUAACUACCCUGGCAUUCAUGUCAACACCGGCACCCACCCUGAUCUCGCAGACCACAUUAUUCAAGGAGAGCCGAUCAUGCCUGCCACUGGAUACCUUGAGAUAGCUUUCGAAUCUGGCGCUCGUCAGCUUUGGGAUGUUGGCUUCUAUGCUGCUCUGUCUCUCUCCAGCGCACGCCCUGCCCCUAUCGAGGUAUCCGUUGAUGGACACAGCUGGACAAUUCGUUCUCGCGGACCUCGUUCAAAAGUGUUUGAUCGUGUGAACGCUGGAGGCUAUCUGUCCAAGGAUUCUGCCGUCCGCCCUAACGCUAAUCUUGAAGCCAUCAAGGCCCGAUGCAAGGCAGUCAGUGCUAAGACCUUCUUGGAUUCCCUCACUUUUGCCAAUUUUGGCCCUGGAUUCAGACGUAUUGAAGAACUCUAUAACGGCAAUGGCGAAGCUGUCGCUAUCGUUCGUGGCUGGGAUGACAAGUAUGCUCUGGCGGCUGGAUAUCAAUUCAACCCGGCCAUCCUCGAUUCCUGUUUACAAGCGGCAUAUACCCUGGUGCCUGGUCGUGACACGUCUGAUAUGUACUUCCUUCCUGCGAGGUGUGGCUACAUCGCCCUCAACGACAUGAGUACGAUUGAAAGGCCGUCGUCUGUCGUCGCCCACAUUCGUCUGGCUGCAUGGACUCCGGAAGCGAUCACCUUCGAUUAUCAUGUUUACACUCCUGAAGGUCAAUGGCUUUGUUCCAUGGAAUCCUUCACCAUGGACGGUCACAGGGGCAUCCCCAAAAAGCCCGUAGAUAACAGGCUGGAGUCCGUGUGGCAACCCAUUCGUAUUCCGGCUAUUGUUCCUGCACCAGAGAAGGUUUCGUCGACGGCUUCUGCCGUUUCCGACCUGUUGACUGCCCUUGAUGCAGCUGCAGUGAAAGCCAUGUCUUCGGUCGUUGCUUCCAACCCUGUCGCACCCGACGAUGUCAGCCGUCAACGCUACCUUGCUUUCAUGCAAAAGGCAGCCGAAUCAGGUCGGCCCACUACCUCAAUGGAGGUAGAAGAACAGCUGAAGGAGAAGUUCGGUGCUCCUUUCGAAAUAUUGCAACGCGUUGCCCAAGCGCAGGAGAAACUGCUGACAACCGUGGACGAUGCCGUCGUCGAUGGCUUGUUUAAAGACAACAUUUUGAUGGAGCUCUACAAGCCAGAUGGUAUCAUGGGUGCGGUCAGUGCCUCCCUGGCUGAGCAGUUCCGCAAGACUGUCGCACAUGUCGUGAACAGCGGUAAGCGGGUUCUGAAGGUUCUCGAACUGGCAACAGGAUCUGGAAGUCUGACUGCCGCCCUCGAGCCAAUCAUUCACGAAUUCCCUGGCAUUGUGAUUGAGUAUGUGGCGUCCGAUGCUGCGCCUGCGGUCCUUGGUGCCACACUGAACCGUCUUGGUUAUCACAAGAUGAGGUCCCAGACCUUCGACAUGUCGAAAGAACCAGAGUCGCAAGGGCUCGUGCUCAACAGUUUCGAUAUUGUUACUGGCCUGAACGUGCUUCACACGGUGCCGGACAUUUCCGUAGCCCUUGUGGGUCUCAAUAGCCUGUUGGUUCCUGGUGGCAGUCUUCUUAUCGCCGACAUUGACGGUGCACAAUGGGGUAGCAUACCUGGUGCACUGUGGUGCGAUUUCGUCUUUGGGGUUUACAAAUCUUGGUUCUCUUACACGGACGCGCGCUCGCAUGCUGCACCAUCAGCCAACGAAUGGAGUACCCAGCUGGAAACCGCUGGGUUCAACGUCGUCGCCAGAUUAAGAGAUGCGGACGGACCUUUCGUCAUGCUAGCCGGACAGAAGGAUGUCGAUAUUUCCCCUGUCGCUGCUCCCGCCAUCGGUGAAGUCCUUCAGUAUCGCCUCGGCCAUGAGGGCCAAAUCCAGCAUGUCUUCAAGAAAUAUUCUCCAGAGGAUUCGCCUACCUUCUGGAUUGCAGCCCCUGAAGGCUUGGACGGCGAUGGUGUCCUUGGCUUCGCCCGUAGUCUGCAAAAGGAAUUCCCCACGUGGACCAUCAAGCUGGCUGUUUUUUCUGGCGAGCGGACCGAAGCCGAACAGAAACGUCUCUUGUCUGCCUGGUCAUCUCGUUUACAACACGAGUGGGAAGUCCACUUCGACCUUCACGGUGAGGCUAGCGUCAUGCGUAUCGCCCCAGCUGUCCCCUGCCCGACGCCAGGAAUGGUUGCUUUUGAUCCAGCGAAGCCGUGGGCGAUCCAGGAUGGCACAGUGGUUCAAACUAGUCUGCCUUACGUCGGAAAGGAUGAUGUUCUUGUUCAAGUUGAAGUCUGGCAUUCUCUAGGAACGGCUUUGAAGGCCUUCGUUGGUCGCGUCGGAGUUGUCCCCUCUGGUGGUUUCCAAGAGAAUGAGCUCGUCGCCGGUAUCACUGCACAGAACGAAGCAAGCUGUGUCACGGCUCUCUGCACGUCACUCGCAAGGGUGGAGAACAAGAAGCUCACGUCUCAGGAGCUGGUCUCUAUCGUCGGUCUGGCGGCCGUUGCCUCUGUGAUCAACGCGGAUCAUAAAGCAAGUCAAAGGACGAAGACCCCCAGGCGUGCUCUGAUUUUGAAUGAUCCGACGACCGAAUCGCUGGGAGCGAUUCUGAAACGUUUGAACUGGGAUGUUUCCACGCAGGAACAACUUUUCAAUGCUGGCAUUCGCCGAACUGCACUGCCUGUAUUCGAUGUCAUCAUCGGUACAACCGAGACAGUCAGCGCCCUACGGGAGUCUCCAAAAUCUCUCCCUUACCCAUCUUUCUGCUGGGACGACGCUUCUGAUGGCCUUCUGGUUCGCAGCAGGCAAAUGGCGUUCGGUGAGGACCUCGAAGCAGUCCUUGGCGUUGUUGACAAACAAUCUCUGACACCUCAUGUCUCCGAGAGUGCCACCUUGUUGCCACCGCCCGGGGCCUUGGUCAAGAAUGCUAGCUCAUUGCUUUCGCCGACGAAGACUUAUCUUCUUGUUGGUGGCAUUGGUGGGUUGGGUAUCCGCACCGCCGCGUGGAUGUAUGAGCAAGGAGCUCGUUAUAUUGUGCUGACGUCUCGCUCCGGUGAAGCAUCCUUGGCCCGUUUGAAUGAGCCUGUCAUCAACAAUGUUGUCGAUUAUCUCAAGUCUCUCCCCGACCUGACUUUGCGACUCGAGGCUUGCGAUGCAAACUCGUCGAGUGCCGUGAAGAAGCUCUGCAACACCUUUGCAUAUCCUCUCGGUGGUGCCCUUAUCAUGGCGGUGGUUCUCCAGGAUCGUGUGUUUAUGGAUCAAACUGCAGAGACCUUCCGCUCAGUCUAUGAAAGCAAGGUCGGCGCAUACAAGACACUCGCAGAUGUCUACGAUCUUAGUACCGCUGAUUGGCUGGUCAUGUUCUCGUCAGUUGCUGGUCUGUUCGGCAAUGGUGGCCAGACCAACUAUGCAAGUGCAAACACGGUGUUGGAUGCGAUCGUUGGCAAGCUUCCUAAUGCCUUCACCCUCAUCGUGCCCCCCAUUCUCGAUGUUGGUGUUUUCGCCCGUGCGGCGCAGGAGAACGCGGCCGCAUUCGCUCACCUCAAAGACUGGGGCAUGACUUGUGAGGAUCUGUGCGACUACAUCGGCGAUGGCAUCAAGCGGCUUCAGGAAACCGGCCCCUUCACCUUCCAGGUUCCUGACCUGAAUUGGCUGGCGGUUGAGAAGACAAUGGGCAUAUCGUCAGCCUUCCAUCACUUGGCGUAUCCGCCAAGGUCUGAUUUCGCUGAUGGUGGCGCUGGUGGUGAGGAAAAGACCAUUGACGACGUCGUAUGCGAGAUCCUUCAAGUCCCCAAGGACGACUUGUCUCAGGAGGUCCCACUGACGCGUUAUGGUCUGGACUCUCUCUCUGCUGCCCGUCUUGCUGCUGGCCUGCGACCAUUCGGCACUAUCUCACAACUUCAGCUGCUCAGUGACUUGACUGUUUUCGAUAUCAAGGCCAAGCUCGGUGACGGCGCAGCUCCGGCGGGCGGUGCAGGCAGCGAUGGCCGUGGCGCUUCCCCCAUUGUGAAGAUCAAGGACGACGGAUCGGUGCCGAUCAUCAUGACUCAUGGUGCUGAUGGAUCUAUUGCACCCAUGAAGAUGCUGUCCGAGAACUUCAAAGGCUCCGUCUGGGCCAUUCAACUCACGGGCGAUGCUCCGAUGGAGUCCCUCGAGGUUCUUGCUGACUGGUAUUACGAUCACAUCAAGGCUGCACGGCCUCAAGGUCCGUACCGUCUGUGUGCAUUCUCCGCCUCUGGUGCUGUCAUGGUGUACCUGUGCAAGAAGUUUGAAGCUGCUGGAGAUCAGGUUCUCCAGCUUGGUUUCGUCGAUCACUUCCCUCUCGCCACAAUGGGUGGUGGAUUUGACUUGCGGAUUGCUGUCGACAAAGAUGGCAUGCUCCUUCCUGAAUAUAUGAAGAUCAUCAUCAGCCGUAUGGGUCCCAUGAUGGUGCGGGAUAGCAAGAUCGAUCCUGUCCGCCGUACCCUCGGCGAGGACCUCAAUAAGUGGGUGAAGGGCGAAGAGACGUCAGAACUCGCAACCUCAUUCAUAGACAUCGUGCGCAACUAUGCUUCUCUCGAGACCCGCUGGAUCAUCAAGAAGAUUACUGGUGGUGUCACGUCAGCACCAUGGGAUCCCAAGGUCUACGUCAGGUGGCUUCAGGAUAUCAAGGCUCCCACCACCAUGAUCUGGGGUCUUGACGGCUACAGGAACGACCUACCGAAGGAGUGGAGGAAUCCUGGUCACGUCUUUGAUGCUCACUCAGUCUACCCUGAUGCGAAGCUCAUCGAGGUUCCUGGUGGCCACGCCGAAUGUCUUGCCAGCAAAGAAGCAGCUGACAUUCUGGCAGAGGGCUUCAGUGUUGGCGCUACGGCUUAA